AUGCAGAGCUUUGUAAGUAACAAACUGAAAAAAUAGAGCACCUUUAGUCAAUAAUCUAACUACUAAGAUAUUGACAUUGAUACUUAAAGUGAAGCUAGUGAUUCAUAAAAAGGAAAGUAGGUUGAUAUAAGUUUUACAAAAAAAGAUUCAAUCUCUUCUAAGAAAACACAUUCACUCUAUUCUUAGUAGAAGUAAAGUAGUAAAAAUGGUUUACUCAAAAUAGACAAAUCCUUGUAGUCUAAUCCAUAUAAAAGAAGUAAUGAUCAUAAGUUCAAAGAUGAUGCAUUCAUCUCGCUCAAGUAAACAUUUUCUUUAGGACUAAUGUAAAAAUUAGUCUAUACCUGCUUAAAAAUUUGGAUCUUUCAAACAAAUAAAGUAGCUAAAAUUGGAACUGAAAUUGAGAAGGCCAGCAAAUAAUCAUCUUUUUAGACUUCCAAUUUAUAGUCUUAGAUAUACCAAGAAAAAGAUAAUCUAAACUAAACUAAAAAGAAACUACUUGAAACAUCAUAGGAUAGUUAAAAUCAAUAUGACUUUGAUGACAAUUCAAUUAGAAGUGAUUAUUAAAGAUACCAAUUGGAAACUUAUGACGAAGAUAAAAAUGAUGAUAAUCUAGAGAGAAUAUAGACUAUGAAUGAAAUCUAGUCAGUAGUUAGUCAAUUAAAACAUUAAAAAACUGCUGGUAAAAUCAUCAUAAGUAAAAAGUUAAGUAAAGCUAGGAAAAGUCUUGGAAGUAAGAAAUAAUCUGGUGCUAUAAAUAAUUUGAAGAAAACUCCAAUUAGUCGUAGAAAUGGCUCUAGUUAAAAUGCAAAAGAUAAAGAUAAUUAGAUUGUUGAAUAAAGAAUAAUUACACUCAAUUCAAGAAAAAGAUCCUAAUUCAAUAACUGCAUGAAAUAAGAUAAAGAGGAUUUUCUUAUUGUUGAUGAAUCUGAUGAAGAGAAGUAGAAUUAAACUAAUUAUGAUAACUAAAUGGAAUUUAAAGUAUCUUCUGAUGAGGAAAUAAAAGAUUUAGAUGAUGAUAAGAAUAUUAAUUCAGAAGAUAAAGCUACUGAAUAAAAUAAAUUUCAAGAUAAUUUAAUAGAAGAUAGUUAAAGCAUUAUUAAUGAUUAAGAACUAGAUGUAAAAAGUGAAAAUCAAUAGUAAGAAGAUUCUUAAUUGAAACUCUAUCAGAGCUAUCAUUCUUCAAGUUUAUUCUAGCUUGAACAAUAAUUAGAGACAGAAAAGUUUGAAAGCUCUAAUAAACCAAGUAAAAAAAAAUCUGAUAAAUUUUCUAGCUCUUAGUCUGAUUCUGCUAUUGCUAAUAUAGAAAAAACGUUUUAAUAAGAUAAUGAUAUCUCUUAAUAUUUAUCUUCAUAAGUAGAGAAAGAGAGUUGGGAAUGA